AACCGGCCCCUCCGUCCCUGCCCCCUCCCCCCAUCUCCUGCCCUUUGCAAUGAAAGUCCCUGUUAACUCUUCUCCUCUUUAGCAGGCGGCCCGAGUCAGUGCAAAAUGCUGGGCAUGUACGUGCCGGACAGGUUUGCCCUGAAGUCGUCUAAAGUUCAGGACGGGAUGGGGCUCUAUACGGCCCGGAGAGUGAAAAAGGGUGAAAAAUUUGGCCCAUUUGCAGGAGAGAAGCGAAUGCCUCAAGAACUGGAUGAAAACACGGACUGCAGACUGAUGUGGGAGGUUCGAGGGAGUAAAGGCGAGGUCCUUUAUGUUCUGGAUGCCAGCAAUCCACGAUAUUCUAACUGGCUGCGUUUUGUCCAUGAGGCACCAUCGCAGGAACAAAAGAACCUGGCUGCAAUCCAGGAAGGUGAAAACAUUUUCUAUCUGGCUGUUGAAGAUAUUGAAACAGAUACAGAGCUGCUGAUUGGCUACCUUGAUAGUGAUAUGGAAGAAGCAGAGGAGGAGGAGGAGGAAGUGAUCCUUAACCAAGAAGACGAGGACAAUAAUAAUAAUAAUAAUAAUAGUAACAACAGCAAUAAAGAACUACAACAAGCUGGUGAGAAAGAUUCUCUCAGCUGCAAAGAGGACCACACAUGUCCAAAUUGUGAAUCCAGUUUUGCCAGCCAGGAGAUCCUAGCUGAACACCUUCAGACGCUGCACCAAAAACCUAGUGAGGAAAAGGAAUUUAAGUGCAGGAACUGUGGAAAGAAAUUCCCAGUUAAACAAGCCUUACAAAGACACGUCCUUCAGUGCACAGAGAACAUCAAUCCAGGAGACACUUCGAGAAGUUUUCAGUGUUCUGUUUGCAAUACGUCCUUCAGCUCAGAGUCGAGUUAUGAGCAGCACAAAGAGGCAUGCAGAGGGGAUGCUAGAUUCAUAUGCAAGGCUGAUAGCUGCGGGAAGAGGUUCAAGAGUAAGGACGCGCUGAAAAAGCACAAGGAAAAUGUUCACACUGGAAAUUCUAGGAAGAAGUUGAUGUGCUCUGUGUGCAAUAAGAAGUGUUCCUCAGCUACAAAUCUUCAAGAGCAUCGAAAGGUUCAUGAGAUCUUUGAGUGUCAGGAAUGUGACAAGAAAUUUAUUUCAGCUAACCAGCUAAAACGCCAUAUGAUAACUCACUCAGAAAAACGCCCCUACACCUGCGAGGUUUGCAAUAAGUCCUUCAAACGACUUGAUCAAGUGACUGCACACAAAAUAAUACACAGUGAAGAUAAACCUUAUAAAUGCAAGCUUUGUGGAAAGGGAUUUGCCCACAGAAAUGUUUACAAGAAUCACAAGAAGACCCACUCUGAAGAGAGACCAUUCCAGUGUGAGGAAUGCAAGGCUUUGUUCCGCACCCCAUUCUCUCUGCAGAGACACCUACUAAUACAUAACAGUGAGAGGACCUUCAAGUGUGAUCACUGUGAUGCUACCUUCAAAAGGAAGGACACGUUAAAUGUUCACAUCCAAGUUGUGCAUGAUGGACAUAAGAAAUAUAAAUGUGAUCUGUGUGACAAAGCCUUUGUUACACCUUCAGUGCUUAAGAGUCAUAAAAAACACUCCUAUCUACCAGUCCAUAGAGCGGCAUUGGUGUCAGCUUUAGAAGAGGCCACUUGCUCACCUUCCUGGCCAGAGACACACACAGGGGAAAAGGAGAAAAUUUGCCCAUAUUGUGGACAGAAGUUUGCAAGCAAUGGAACAUUAAGAGUUCAUAUUCGGAGUCAUACAGGUGAGCGCCCUUACCAGUGUCCUUACUGUGACAAGGCUUUCAGCAAGAAUGAUGGACUAAAGAUGCACAUUCGCACUCAUACAAGGGAAAAGCCAUACCAGUGCUCUGAGUGCAACAAGGCUUUCAGUCAGAAGCGAGGCCUGGAUGAGCACAUGAGGACCCAUACUGGAGAGAAACCGUUCCAGUGCGAUGUUUGUGAUUUAUCCUUCAGCCUGAAGAAAAUGUUGAUCCGACACAAGCUGACUCACAACCCCAAUCGUCCAAUGGCUGAAUGCCAGCUUUGCCACAAGAAGUUUACAAGAAAUGACUACCUCAAAGUGCAUAUGGAAAAUGUCCAUGGAGAAACUGACAGCUAACCAUGGCUUAUGCAAGAAAAGUGUGUCUAGUGUUCAAGAGUGUUCCAUCUGUACAUGUACAAACUCCAGACUUCUCACCUGAUGACUGAGCAGAGUCAGGAAAAAUAACUGUAAUGUGUUCACAAUCUUUUUUUCAUUUUGCUUUGUGUUUAUGUUACUAGAGUUUUUUUAAUCAAGUAAAACACUGUUUGAAGAUAAAAGAACUUUUCUUUCUCUUAUAAGUUAAACAAUUUUAUUUGCAGCCUUGGUACCUUAGAUCGUGGUGGUGUUAUCCUGAAAUUUUGGACGUAGAUCAGUGUAUCUAAAGCUUCUGGAGCACAGGAAAGCCAGUUGGAUAAAUUCACUUUCAUCCUGACUGACCAGUGAUCCAAGCAAAUUUUAUUCAGAUAUUAAUACCACGCUUUAUUAGAACAUAGUUUCUUCAUACUUUUAGUGCCUUUAAUCAUUAGAUAAAAUUGACUAACUUUGUGGCAUCUCAAGAUGAAUUUAAUGUAUGGUACAGAAACUGUAGGAGUCUUGACUCUCACGCACUUCAUCAGCAAGAAAGGCGUAACUUCUAGUUGCCAUUGUGUGAGACAAGUCAAGAGCAAAGGCUGUGAACGAUUAGGUUUAAAAAACAUAUUAAUGCCCACAGUUGUAACUGGCAGGGCCAGGAGGGAAAAAAACCUGGCUUCUGCAGAUACAAUUGUCUGGUUAAGGCAAAAAAUGUGUAUUCAAUUUACUGGGGGAAAUGCUGUUCCCUGAGGUUUUAUCCUGUGGAAAUCAGCUGCCCUGAUUAUUCCCCUUAAAUGGCUUUGGUUUUCAUAAAACUGUUAAUGAGCACCAGGAAAAAAAUAUUGCAUACAACUGAGUAACAUUCAAAUUCUCCCAGAUGUUAGAUUAAGAUUUGUAUUCCACAGUUCUUAAAAAGAAUUCUCAUAUGUUAUCCAUGUAUGCUACUGUAUAACAAAGAGCUCAUUUUUACCUAAUGAGACUGUGAAAAGCAUAACUCUAGCAGUAGAUUGCAUUUGAGGUCCUAUACAAUUCCUCAGUAGUCUUCACAGUUAAACAUUAGGGCUCUGCCUCUGUGUUCACAUUCAUUUUAGUUUACGUGGACCAAUACUGUUAAGAAUAAUUUGUAACUAUACACCUUGCUCCUGCUAAAAGCUUAUUUCAGUUGCUGAUGGGAAAUGUUGUAAACUUCCUCCUGGACUGCAAGUGACCAGACAGACACUGGAUGGAUGAGCAAGAGGAAACAGAAGGUGAAAUCCUGGCCCCACUGAAGUCAAUGGUAAAACUCAUAUUUGACUUCACUGGGGACGGUGAAUUUCAACCACUGUUUCCAUUCUGGAAGGAAAUGAGGGGGCCAGAAGCAUCAUCUUUUCUUUCUCUAUUAAUAAUCUUUUAUUUUGGAUCCUAUUCCACGGGAUAGCCUACAGUCAAUUCUCAAAACUGAAGAGAAAAUGUGUAGUUAUCAGUAACAUUAUUAAUUUUCACAAAUGUGAACAGAACACAACAUGGGUUCCUAUUGGAACUCAAAAGAAAGCAUAUCACUAAUAAGUGUGUUCCGAAGAAAAGACUAUUUCAGGGGGUUGCCCACGUUUCCAUAGUCUUCACCAUAUUUUAUUACAAGACUAUUUUUUGGAGCACCUCCCUUCCCAUUAAAGUUCUAUAGUACUGUGGGGCAACUGUGGCAAUUGUUUACAUGGUGACAUUUUAUAAGAAAGAUUUUUAAUGUACUUACUUGUCUUUUAAUGCAAUUAAUGAGCUGGAAAUAAGGAGGAAGCACCAUAAUUUUGGGCCAGACCCAACACACAUUGAAAUCAAUGGGUUUUUCCAUAUAUUCCAAUGGCCUUUUGUUUAGGCACCAUGUGACCAACCAGGUCACAAGGGACCCUUUGCUCUAUCUGGAUGACACUAAAAUCUGUCAUCCAAAAACUUGCUUAUAAAAAUAGAGUAGAGACAAUAGUAAUAAGCCAAUGGAUAUGAUGCCACACAUAUAACAUGUAAUUAUAAUGGGCCACUCUCAAUUACACUAAUGUAAAUCCAGUGUAGCACCAUUGAAUUAAUCAGAUUUGACAAUAGUGUAACUGAGGAGAAUUUAUCACGUGCAUAUGUUGUCAUUUUAUAUUUGAUACAUUAUAACCUAUGAUAUUUAAUUUUAAUUAAAAUACAACUUAUUUUCCUAUAUUUUAUAACAGUUUGUCUCAAUGUCAUAUUUUAGGCGCAAAGUAUGUGUUUCAUUUUUUUAAAUUCAUUAUUCAACAAUGUUUGGUUCAUUUUAUUGCAUUCAGUUUGAUUUUUGAAAUACAUAUUGAAUCUUAUUUUAUUGAGUAGGACAUCUGUACAUUUGGGAAGAGGAGAAUAAUUGGGAAUGUUUUGUUAGUUUUGGAAUCUCAACUACCUUUGUGAAACUUCAAAAUGUAGAUUUCUUUAUGCAUAGUUUGGUGUCUGAGAAUCUGAUGAAACUCCGAAGACUUACCAAUUUUGUCUGUUUUAAUUAUAUAUAUCACAGGUGUGUGAGACAAAUACUGCAAAAGACUAAGUUGGAUUUAUGUUUACUCUAUCAGGAAAGUUCUCAUGAAGGAGUUUACUGGCAAGGAUAUUUUCAGAAACAAAUGAUUUAAAAUUAACUUGUUGCUGUUAUUAGUAUGAGAAAUCUGAUACCAAGAGUUACAUUCAGCCAAUAAGUGAACAGAAACAUAACCCUGUGUUCUGUUUUGGUGGUGGUGGUGGUUGUAAUUCCUCUUAUUGGCAAAAAUAAAAUAAAAAACAGUUUGGGUGGGAUUUGGUUUCUUUCCCCCGCUACCUUUCUCCUCCUCUUUUGUUUUCUCACUUUUUAGUGACAAAAUAAGAAUAGGAGGAAAGGAGGGGGAGGGAGGAAACAAACCCGAAAAGAUAUUUUUUUAAAAUUGAUUUUUUUAAUUUAAUUUUCAGAUGAAAAUGUGUUCUUUUUCAAAACCCCAUGGAACACUUUUCAGUUUAUUAAUAAUUUCUACCAAUAAUUUGGUGAACAAUUUUGAAUAGUGAUUUUUCUCAAAUGUGAUUAUCUGCUCACAGAUAAUGCAUGAACGGGAAAAAGAAUUAAUUUUUAGUAAUUUUAUUUCGUGUCAAAGCACUACUGAAUAAAUAGCAGCAAAAGUUCAAUUAUACGUGUAUGUACUGUAACUGAUAGUUGCAGCUGUACGUUUGACAAGUUCUUUCAUUAGCCGGGAUGGUCAUGGUCAAUAUUUGGAAGAGACACCUCCAGGGAAAACAUAAGCAGGAGCUGCAGAAAGUGAUGCUGAAGUUUCAGCAGGCUGUAACCUACCUCAGAGCUGAAUCUUGUAAUCAUGCCCAUCUGGAACUUCAGGAGUUUGAGUAUAUUAAGAACAAAAAGAAUCCUAACAAUGGUAUUGUUCCAUUACUAGAUGAAAAUGGAAGAAUUAUCAAUAAUAAUGCAGAAACGGUAGAAAUGUACUAUAAAUAUAUCUGUUGUGUGUUUGGGGAAAAAACAAAUGAUAGUCAUAUCAUAUGAUGAUAACACCCUCUCAAUUCCAACUUAACAUCAUCCUGAGCAACUAUUAAAGUUAGACAUUUUCAAAUCAGCAGCUGUGGCUAAUAUACAUCCAAGAGUUUUCAAAGAACUUGACUUUCAAAAAGUCUUGGAAAACGGGGGGAGUUCCAGAAGAAGAAAGCCCAUGUUGUGCCAAUAUUUAAAAAGAGUAAAUGCAGUGACUCAGGUUAUUUUAGGCCUGUCAGUUUGACAUCGAUCCCAGCUAAAUUAAUGGAGUAGUUAAUAUGGGGACUUGAUUAAUAAAAAAUUAAAGGACGGUAAUAUAAUUAAUGCCAAUCAAUAUGGGUUUAUGGAAAAUAGAUCCUGUCAAAUUAAGCUGUUCCCUUUUUUUUUUUUUUUUAAUGAGAUUAGAAAUUUGGUUGAUAAAAGUAAUAGUUUCGAUGUAACAGACUUCUCUAAGGCAUUUGACUUGGUACUACACAAUAAUUUGGUUAAACAAACUAGAAUGACACAAAGUUAACUUGUCACACAUUAAAUGGAUUAAAAACUGUCUAGCUGAUAGGUCUCAAAAUGUAUUUGUAAAUGAGUUCUAAAGGAAUUAUUUUGGUGAAGUUCUGUGGCCUGUGUUAUACAG